AUGAGUUUACCUAAAAUGAGUUUCGCUGGAAUUCGGAUGUUCCUGAAUAUUCUUUGGAUGAUUUGCUGGAAAUUUGAGAAGAAUUUUGGUGGCAGGUGUACGAAACGGUUUCUUUGGUCAUUGGCCAAACGUUCACUCACCGCCAAAAAACCCUUGUUAAUCCGGAUCUAUAUUCUGGUAGGAGUAAUCCGUGGGCAGGGAAUUCCGGUGGUCUACAACACUCUCAAAAAAGUGUACAAAACUCACGAAAUCGACUAUCCGGACCUUGACUUCUGGUACCAUCGCUUUUACACUGGGGACUAUGACUUAGACUAUGAUAGAAGCAGGGAUCCAAAGCCAUUGGUCUUUUCAGACCUUAAUUUGGAAGCGGCUUACUCAAUUUUCAAAGAAUUGCAACCUCCUGAUCGUAUCCCCGUCCGAAAAGUCUCCAAAAACAUUUGUGUCCUCAUUGACUCCAUGCGCACCAUAAUCGACAAUGUUUGGCUAAUUGUGUCUCUUCUCAAUGAAACAGAGACAAGAUUCCAUUGGGUCUCUGUAAAACACAGUCACAAUGGACCAGAAAGCGCCAGGAAUGAUAUCAAAAAGGCAUUCGACUACCUGUCAUUUCAUCUGAAUCUCCCAGGAUAUGGCAUAGAUGAUUUCAUGCUCAGUUUUCCACUGGGUGUCCAAUGUGAAGACAUCUUCGAGGAAUUCAUCAACUCCCUGCGACAACCUUUGCAUGUCAGGAAGCUACGUUUCAAGUUGUGCACUUUGACAGAGAUAUUUCUUUUGUUGCAACGUGUCAAACCAUUGAUUCUGAAAGAAAUUCAAAUAAGCUACCAGGAGGGGGAACAUGACAUGGAGAUCUUCGACAAAAUCAAAGUGCUGGAACAGUGGAAACUUGCGGAUGAAUUGAUUUUGCCAGGCCACUUGAUUGGUCCAGUGGAGCACUACUGCUACUUCAAGAAGAUCACAAUUGAGUUAAGAGUGCUGCGUCCAGAAGAUAGACAUCCUAUUCGGCAGCUCCUUCAUGAAUCCAGGAAAAUCGAGCACCUCCGCAUUAUCUUCCAUCGCCGAUUCACAUAUAAAGAGCUACAAGAACUUUUUGAUGCAGAAGAGCACGGUUCUCGUCAAAUGUUCAUUCGGAUCCCUGCCACUCAAGAACAUUAUUUGAUAACUUUUUUGCACAGUCUUCACAAAACUGAUAUUAAUAUUAUAAAAGUCAAAGGAUGGGAACCAAUGAGAGCCCAUAGAGGUCAACGGUUGCCUUGA